CGCGCGGGCACGCCACACAAGCGCGAUGUAGUACCCCGUAGACAUCUUCGUCGACGGCGUGAAAGACGCGUUCAUAUGUGGGAUAUGCACGGACGUCAAGAGGGACCCCACGAACGCGUGCGCGGAGGGGCAUUCCUACUGCCACGGGUGCGUGCAGGAGGUGUGUAAGCGAUCGCCGAGGUGCCCGGAGUGCCGCGCGCCCGUGAAGACGAGCAAGGAUAAGACCGCGAGGAACAUGAUAUCGGAGAUGAAAGUGCGAUGCCCGAACGAAUGGCGCUCGCGCAAUACCGCGAACUCCGCUGGAAUAGUGCUCGGAAGAAGGCUUAUUGAGCUGCCGAUAUCCAGAGGCAGCGGCAAAGCGAUUCACAAAGGAUUUUCUGCUGAUGUGUGUGUGACGCCCCCCUCGUGGGGAGGACUAAUUUCUUAUGAUGGAAACAAGAAUGAUCCCAACAGAGGUCUCGCUCCGUUAAACGCCGCGCCCGCGGGAUCGAAGGAAACGACCAGCGGAGGCAAAGGUGGCAAAGGACGAAAGCGGAAGGCAGAAGCCCUCGAAGAGACGUGCGCGUGGACGGGCUCCGUGGACGACAUUCAGAAACACGAAGAGAGAUGCGGUUUCGUGAACGUGAUUUGUCCAAACAGCUGUUGUUUACCUUCGACGAAAUGGCAGCCGGAAGCAUGCUACGUGAUGAUGCAGCGCCGGUUCGAGGAGGCGCACUUAUCGGUGUGCCCGCGCCGAAAGUUACCGUGCGAACACUGCCAUAAAAAUAUUGAGUUUGAGGAAAUGCGCCGACACGUGCAACUGUGCCCGGCGAAACCGAUGAAGUGCGAGAAGUGCAAUGAGGUGAUGAGAUCAGGUCAGAUUCCAUCGCACUUGAGCACGACGUGCCCUAAGGUCGCGGUGAAGUGCCCGGUAUUGGGAUGCCCAGAGGUGCAUCCCCGGGAGAAGCUGAACGAGCACAUGACUGACUCUAUGGUGCAACACGCGCAGAUCACGGCGGACAGGAUGAAGAUCGUGGAGGAUAGGAUGAAGGAGCAGCUCCAGAAGAUCGAGCAUCUGACCAGAGAAAACCACGGCAUGAGACAGCAGAUCAACCAGCACGAUGGCAAGAUCAACCAGCACGAUGCCACGCAUCUCGCGCUUGCCCGUGCCAUCGGUGUUGCAAUAGGUGAAAGGAUUAGUGAAGAUAUGUGAAAUGAAACUCUAACGUAAU